GGACAGAGUAUGCAUGAAAGUAAUAGAUAGUAAGUAAUCGACUGAACUACAGCAAAAGUUUGAUCGAAAAAUGAUAUUUUAUUUACAUUUGUUAAAUCGAUGCUUCAAUAAUUUGCAUUUUACGUAAUAAAAGUACCAGUUGAUUGAAAAUCUUCGCAUGCGCUCGUCAGAACUAUUUGAAAGAACAAAGUUUAUUUCAGUGUGAAACGAAAUUGAAUAAACAAAUCGUUUAAGAAUGGCAGAUAUUAAACAGGAUCAUAAAGGCGAGGAUACUGAUAAUUAUGGAAUAGGUAAUAAUGCAGAACCAAAAAAUAUGCAAGAAUUGACAGAAUAUGUGCAAACGUUAUUACAAAAUAUGCAAGGGAAAUUUCAAACCAUGUCGGAUCAAAUACUGGGAAAAAUAGAUGAAAUGGGAAAUAGAAUAGACGAUCUAGAAAAAAAUAUCACAGAUUUAAUGACACAAGCAGGUGUAGAAGGAGGGGACAAAUGAUUAUAUUUGUUGUAAUAUUAAUUUUGAUAUAGAAACAAAAAGAUCUUUUACAAUAUGAAUCAUUAUAUAAAAACAAUAUUUGUACAUUAUUGCAUUGUACAAUUUGCAAUAUGCAUUUUGAUCAUUAAAAUAAACUGAUUUUUUUUGCACUAA